UUCUCGACAAUCGUAUUCCGCUUCUCUGACAGUUCGCUCUGCAGCGACUGUCUUUCUCUGCCAUUCCGUCUUAUAUAGAUAUAAAUAUAUAUCGCCACCGCUUCAAAUCCAAUCCCAAAUCGUGGUUCCUGUAGCCAUGGGGUCGCCGAUCUGGCUCUGCUUCUUGGCCCUUCUUCUUGCAUCCCCGAGCACCGCCAUACCCACAAAGCGAACCUACAUUGUCCGCAUGAAGCACGGCCACGUGCCUCUCUCUUACGCCACCCACAGCGACUACUACUCCGCGCACCUCCAGUCGGUCGCCGCAUCCGAUUCGCUUCUCUAUACCUACACCGCCGCCUACCACGGCUUCGCCGCCUCGCUCGACCCUGAUCAGGCCGAGGCCCUCCGCCAGUCCGAUGCCGUCCUGGGCGUCUAUGAAGAUACCGUUUAUUCACUCCAUACGACUCGCACGCCGGAGUUUCUCGGACUCGAUACUCAGUUGGGUUAUUGGAACAGCCCUCAACUCACCAAAGGUUCCGAAGAUGUAAUAAUCGGCGUUCUGGAUACAGGCGUUUGGCCGGAAUCCAAGAGCUUCGACGAUUCCGGCAUGUCCGACGUGCCGUCCAGGUGGAAAGGCCAGUGCGAGUCGGGCCCCAAUUUCAGCGCGUCCCUCUGCAACAAAAAGCUUAUUGGCGCGAGGAGCUUCUCGAGAGGCUACCGUAUGGCGAUCGGAACCGAUCCGAAGAAUUCGAAGGAAGUUGUUUCGCCGAGGGACGACGACGGGCACGGGAGUCACACAGCGAGCACCGCCGCCGGCGCCCACGUGGCUAACGCCAGCCUGCUCGGAUACGCCAGCGGGACGGCGCGUGGGAUGGCAACGCGCGCCCGCGUAGCUGCCUACAAGGUCUGCUGGAAAUCUGGCUGCUUCGGCACCGACAUCCUUGCCGGCAUAGACCGCGCUAUAGCCGACGGCGUCGACGUGCUAUCCAUGUCGCUCGGCGGAGGGUCGGCUCCGUACUACCGCGACACCAUCGCGAUCGGCGCGUUCGCUGCGAUGGAGAAGGGCAUUUUCGUAUCUUGCUCGGCUGGAAACAGUGGGCCCAGCAAAUCCACUCUCGCCAACCUGGCCCCAUGGAUCAUGACUGUCGGAGCCGGAACGCUGGACCGGGAUUUCCCGGCUUACGCCGUAUUGGGAAAUGGCCACCGGUUCACCGGGGUGUCCCUCUACAGUGGAAAGGGGAUGGGGGACGAACCGGUUGGUUUGGUUUACGGCAAAGGUAAUAACGGUUCGAGCAAUGUGUGCUUGGCCGGUUCUCUUGAACCGGAGUUGGUUCGUGGGAAGGUUGUUUUGUGUGACAGGGGGAUCAGCGCGCGUGUGGAGAAGGGCGCGGUGGUGAGAAACGCCGGCGGGGUGGGGAUGAUUCUGGCAAACACGGCGGCGAGCGGCGAGGAGCUGGUGGCUGACAGCCACUUGUUGCCAGCGGUGGCGGUGGGGAGAAAGGUGGGGGACAUGAUCCGGGAGUACGUGAAGUCAGAGUCGAAUCCGACGGCGGUGUUGAGCUUUGGCGGGACGGUGCUGAACGUGCGGCCAUCGCCGGUGGUGGCGGCGUUCAGUUCGAGGGGGCCGAACAUGGUGACGCCGCAGAUCUUGAAGCCGGACGUGAUUGGCCCGGGGGUUAACAUCUUGGCGGCGUGGUCGGAGGCAAUUGGACCCACUGGUAUGGCCAAUGAUGCCAGAAAGACUCAGUUCAACAUCAUGUCAGGAACGUCGAUGUCUUGCCCUCACAUAAGCGGCCUAGCAGCGUUGCUCAAGGCAGCCCAUCCAGAUUGGAGCCCAAGCGCCAUCAAAUCCGCGCUCAUGACCACGGCCUACACCCAGGACAAUACGGGUUCCCCUCUCCGCGAUGCUGUCGAGGGCGACUUCUCCACCCCGUUGGCGCACGGGUCUGGCCAUGUCGACCCGCACAAGGCCCUAUCCCCCGGCCUCGUAUACGACAUCUCAACCAAAGACUACAUCGCAUUCCUGUGCUCCCUAGACUACACUGAAGAGCAUGUCAAAAUGAUUGUCAACCACCCCAAUGUCACAUGCUCAAGGAAGUAUGCCAACCCGGGCCAGCUCAACUACCCGUCAUUCUCCGUCCUGUUCGGGAAGUCGAGGGUUGUAAGAUACACUCGCGUGCUGACGAACGUUGGAGCCGCAGGAUCUGUCUAUGAGGUGGCCGUGGACGGGCCGCCGUCAGUUGCGGUGACAGUAAAGCCUACUAGGCUUGUUUUCAAAAAUGUGGGCGACAAGCUGAGAUACACAGUGACAUUUGUGUCUAAGAAGGGGGCAGAUCCUAAUGGGAGGAGUGCAUUUGGUUCACUUUUAUGGAAAAAUGAACAGAACCAAGUUAGGAGCCCCAUAGCUUAUGCUUGGACUCUGCCGUGAGAUGAUGGCAAGGGUUCCAUGGUUGUAAGAUAGAUGAGAACCUAUGAAGCAGCUGCUAUCAGCCUGGUGAAGUGAUCAAAGGAGGCCCAAAAGUUGGGCAUUUUACAGAGACAUAAAGGGCAUCCAUCCAGGAAUGGGGGAGAGAAAAGUAUCUCCUGGAACAUGUAUUUGGUGUUGUUUUAGUAAGAAACUAAUGUAAUAGAGAUUGAGAUAUCAUAAGUUGUAUUUAGUAUAGCUUUGCAGUUUGUUGCCUGUUUGCAAUGGAAGUUCAAGCUAAUUUUGGGAAGGAA